AUGAAAGAAGGAUUCGAAACACAAAAACACAAAGACGACAAUAACACAAAAACACAAAAACACAAAAACGACAGAAUGACAAAAACGACAAAAAGACAAAAAGACAAAAACGACAAAAACACUAAAAGACAAAAACGACAAAAACACAAAACGACAAUAACGACAAAAACGACAAAAACACAAAACGACAACGACAAAUACGACAACAAAAACGACAAAAACACAAAAACGACAAAAACACAAAAACGACAAAAACACAAAUACGACGACAACAAAAACGACAACAAAAACGACAAAAACACGAAAACGACAAAAACACGAAAACGACAAAAACACGAAAACGACAAGAACACAAAAACGACGACAACAAUAACGACAAAAACACAAAACGACAACAACACAAACACAAAAACGACAACAAAAACGACAAAAACACGAAGACGACAAAAACACGAAAACGACAAAAACGACAAAAACACAACACAAAAAACACAAGACACAAGGAGACAAAAACGACAGAAACGACACACGACAAAAAGACAGACAAAAACGACAAAAAGACAAAAACGACAAAAAGACAAAAAGACAAAAAGACAGAAACGACAAAAAGACAAAAACGACAAAAAGGCAAAAACGACAAAAGGACAAAAAGACAAAAACGACAAAAACACAAAAAGACAAAAACGACAAAAACGACAAAAACACAAAACGACAAGAACGGCAGAAAGGGGCAGCGACACAACGGGGCUUCCGGCGGCUCUCCGACCCACAAGCACUGAGGCGGCAGUUACGCCAUUUGCCCCCGCGGCGGUUGCAGCUAGCACUGCUCCGACACACCAGCAGAACGGGCCGUCCACCUCCGGGCAGGUGGCCUCAAAGGUCUCGUUCAACGUGCCGACGCCUUCACGUCAAACAAAGAGCUCGAAAGGGCGCGUGUCCAGCGCCUCGCCAGAGGCGAUGGACAUAACGACCAGUCAGACGGCGCCACCAGCGCCAAGGGAGCGGCGAGCUUUUCUCGACAGCUCUAAAAAAUACAAAACCCGUGUCACGGCGCCUCCAAACGGCCCGUGA